AUGGCAAAUAUGGCGUCCCAAAAAGACCUCCAAGAUCUCUUACGUAUCUUAACAACAGGCCGCAACAAACUCCCCAUGCUGUCCGCCAUGGGACGCGUCCAAGCUCUUCAAGGAGCAGGACUCUACAGGUCCCUGUUCCCCUCCGCCCCUAUAUCCGACAUAGCAGCCUCUACAGCCCCAGCCCUAAUAGCCGCCCUCUCCGACGAAAAGGCAGCUAAAUCCCUCCUCGCAGCCUGCAAAGCGCAUCUCAAAUCCCCCGCCGACUCGGCAGGCAGCAAACGCGCCUCUGAUAGCGCUCUGCCUUCUUCGAAACGAGCGAGAUCGGCUUAUGUGCCGAACUCGCCUCAGACACCGCAGGAGUUGGAAGCUUCCCUUGCUCUACCACAGCCGUCGGAGGACGAAGAGGCGAUUUCGAAAUGCACUGUAUACACAAACAGAGCCCCGCUCGUCCUGGCUUUUGCGGUACAGUUGUUGAAAUAUACGAUGCCGGAACAGCCUUUAAGUAGUAGACUAAGUCUGGGACAAGCGGUGGUGAGUGUCAAUUCGAGGAGCAAGGCUCUGAGUAUUGGAUUGGAGAAGGGGAAGAGUGCUGAAGAGGAGGGGUGGGGGAGCGGCCAGCCGAAGGUGAAGGUUAUGGGGCGGGAGAUUAGCGUAUUGAAGAGGAGUGGGUAUGAAUGGCGAGAAGAAGAAGUCAAAAGGGACGAGGACAAAAUAGAAAUAAAUACAGAAGUCGAAAGCCAGAGCACGGUGAAAGAAGACGGCCCGACGCCAUCGGUUUCCAAGCCGGAAGGAGAUGGCUGGACGGUUUCUUCACCUAUAUCGUCUAAGGGAUCAACAUUUGUAGCACGAUCUAUUACUGUCACGACUCCAACGCAGGCGGAGAAUUGCAUUAGGUCGCUAGUAUCAUUUAAUGCUGAGAUCCGCUCCGCCGAUCACAACAUGUACGCCUACCGCGUGCAAUCACCCACCUCGAACAACCUUUUUGAGGAAAACAGCGAUAACGGUGAGCGUGGCGCCGGUCCCCAUCUCUUGGGCAUCUUGCAAGCAGACAAUCUUCAAAACGUCCUUCUGGUAGUAACACGCUGGUACGGUGGUGUCUUCUUGGGUCCAGACAGGUGGCGCAUCAUGUCGCAAGUAUCCCGCGACGCACUGUCACAACGGCUUCGCGUAGCUGGCGUGCUGGGCCAUGAAGCACUGUGGGGCCUCGAUCUCGAAGCUCUGAAGAGCAAAGACGGAUCGGGGACCAAUAGCUUGCCGAUUCACAGACCCGAGGGCGCGAGGGAGUAUAUUCUGAAUGCGUUUGCAAGUCCGCCCGAGAAGGAGCAGGAGAACGGGGCCAAGGGCAAGAGGAAGAAGAAAACGUUGCAGCAGGUGAGGAACGAGAAGGAGGAUAACCUGGGAAUGUUGCUCGGGGCAUUAGAUAAGCUGAUUGGGAGCUGGGUUGGCCAAGUUGGGCGUGAGGAGUUGGAUCGGAUGGCUUGGGGGUGGUAUGUUAGUGUUAGGCCCGAGGUGGAGGGUGGGAUUGCGGGGUGGGGUGGAAAGGGGGAGGUUAAGCUCUGUGAGAUUUUGAAGUUGCAGAAGUCGUUUCGCUCUAUCCCACUGAAAGGUGAAAACAAUGCGAAUGAAACACCCAUCUGA